UUCUCGUUUGUACUUGGUCGCGCGCGCGAGUGUGUGUUUAGCAAGAGGAAAACUUUUACAGGAAUAAAGUGAAGUGAAAAUUUAUUUUGUGACUAUGAAUUGUGCGCAGUCAACGCGUCAAUACCACUAAGCAAAUUUGCAGUCAUAAACGAAGGAAUACAAAUCAAAAUUAAAUAGCAACAAAGUGAAAGUUAAAAACCAAAAAAAACAGAAACAGUAAGCACCAAUAACAACAAGAGUGGCGCUGACUCGGAAAGCCUACAUUGAUGUUGAUGUCGCUGCAUUGUUUAACGCAUUUGUUAGUGUGUUUGUGAUUACGAUGUGGGAAAAUGUAACAAAGUGAAAUUCAAAAAGGAUUAAAUCAACCAGCGUUAGCAAAUUCAGCACAAAGAAAUCAUCAAUGCAAUCCAAAAGUUCCAAAAUUCUUGUUAAACAGGAAUCGGUGCAAAUUUCAAGUUUAAAUAUCUAAAAUUCUUCAACCCAUCAACACACUAUUCCAAAACAGAAACAAUACAAUCACAAGUGAAGGAGUUGUGCAAAACAACUACUAAUACAAUUACAACAACAAAGCCGUCAUUAACAAAAACCAACAAAAUGGAAAGGCAAUCGUCAACAUUUGAAUAUUUGUGCCGAGUCUGUGCUGCCAAUACGAAAGGCAAAAAUUCGGUUGCCGAAUGUGUCUAUAUUUUGAAAACUCCUGCACUAAAGGAUAAAAUAGAGAGAUAUUUGUAUUUAACGAUUUACGAAGACGAUAUUUUGCCGAAGGUGCUGUGCAAGGCUUGUUUCCGUCAAGUGGAAGCCACUGCUUCGCUGUCCAAAAUUGCCAAGCAUACCCAAAAGGUAUUCCGUGACUUCAUCUUCAAUACCAAGUCGUGUCUACAAGCUGAAAGCGGCGACAGCAACACCGCAGCCGUCACAACCACCGCCCCAGCGUCGACACCCAUACACACAACAGACUAUGCAACCGCAGCUCCUCCACCACAGGAAAAGCCGAAACCGAAGGAGAAGGAAAAAUCGCCUAUGAAAAGUGUUGAGCCCACUCCGCCAGCACCAGCAGUGGCGCCAUCCACCGCAUGUUCCCACAAGGACGAAGUUGUCGUAAAUGUGUCCGUGAACGACCCGCUCACGCGGGAGACGCAGCACAAGAUGAUAACCGCAUCGCGUCGGCAGAAUUCACUAGACUCGCGCUUUACACCGAAAUCGAUUGCGCAGCGUGGCUUUACGAGCACGCCAAAACAGCCGGAGAGCACAACAGCACCCGCAAAGAAGCAAUCAACACCGGGUGUUAUAAACUUUUUCCCCAAUCGACCACAGCAGGUGACGAAAAUCACCAGCGGUGGCUAUGUUAUUGAUUGUGUGGCGAACAGCGUGCCACCGAACAAUGCCACAGCCGAAGUCACACCGACGGUGAAUACCUUGCAACAAAAGCGCAAAAAUCUGAAAACUGCGCUGAACAACAUCAAAGCGGCGAAUACGGGACAGGUUUCAUUGCUGAAAGUAUCGCAAAAGCCGGCGCCGGCGCAGGUAAACCAGCCACCAGCGAAAGUUGCGGAACCGCCGACGUUGUUGGUCGAAGAUGAUGUGCCGGCUGAACCGUUGCCGGAGAAAAUGAUUAUAGCCGCAACGAAACAACAAAAGCAUCAAGUACAUGUCGCAGCAGCACCACAGCCCACACCACCUGCUGAGUCCGAAUCCGAACCACAAACACAAACGGAGCCAACCGAUUUGUCGCAACCGUCCAGACCAAGUAUUCCCGAUGAUAUUCUACUCGGCAAGGUCAUAAAAGAUGGCGAUCUGCUCAAACUCAUACUAAAAGCACUCAAAUGGCCGGUGAACAAAUACAACAUGGAAGCGCAACUAAAUCGCCUGCGAAACUCGCGUUUUGCACACAUCAUGGCCGAUCAAAAUCUGCUGCAAGACGCUGAUCUUACCCAAAUAAUGGGACCAUAUCUGGGACCUGUUUUGCAGGCAGCGCAAAUGCUGCAACAACAGCAGAUAGCAGCCGCUGCAGCGGCGGCAGCAGUCACCAAAGAAACCGAGCUGCAAGUGGCGGGCAUAACAACGUCGUUGCCGUACAAAUUGCCGGCCGAGACCUCGGUGCAGUUGGUGCCCGCUAGCCCAGAGGCAGAAGAAGAGUCCGAGGCCACAGUCAAGGCGAGCGCCUCAAAUCAGUCAUUAAAACGAGGCGCUGAAAAGAUGAGCACGAAGGCGGCGCCAUCCAAAAGAGUGCGCAAGGUGGCACCAAGGCAGCGCAGCGCGUCUAUAUUCAACAGCGACGAAUACGCUGCGCUAAACUCCACGCUUACUUCACAGUAUCUAAGUUCCAAGUCCACACCGGACUUCCACGUUGAUCUAGACCCAUCGGCGCUUUUCACACAGCUCGGCAUGUUAAGCGGGCUCAGUGCAUCUAGCUCAAAUGAGGCACUUCUGGCGUUGUUGCAGCGCCAACGCAUUGCGUUAUCACGUUUACAACAGCCGCAGCCACGCCGCCAGCGCAGUAACUCCAUUAUUACAGUGCCUGCCAGUGGCUCGGAUUUUGUAUUCGAUACGGACGACAUUAUUUUGAUGGAACCGGAUGAUUGCACUGAGAGCAUAACAACGAGUACGCAAAAUAAUGUGGAUGGCAACACUGGAAGCGCUUCGAGCGUCUCACAAAACGACUCCAACAGCACUUUUCCGGUACCACAACAGGUGUCCAAGCCAAUGAUAACACGUCCAAUUAUUAAGCGCCGCAAAACUGUAAUACAGGCCUCGCCGGCACGCACGAAUCUUGCCAUAAAUGCACAGGAAGUAACGCCUGCUGUGCCAAAACCAGCUGAGAGUGUCAUCAACACUGCCACAACGACUAAAGUGGCGGCGAGCAUCCCCAUUGCAUUGCCGUCGGUGACAGCAGCAGUAGCUGCAGUAGCAGCUGCUGUGCCUCAAAAGAAACCCUCAAAAACGCAGUCGCUGGACAGCCUCAACGCCAUUGCUACACAAUAUCCGUCCAACAUAAUCUCAGUAGGCACGCAGGUGCCCUCGAAUACGACAAAUGCGACGACUGCCAAAGAAACAGUUCCAGUAGCUAUCGUCACUAAGGCGACCGAAACAUCUCUGACAGUCACCGCAUCAGCGGCGACCAGUGUGUCUUCGCUGGUAGCAAACGCUGCCACUUCAAAGGUCAGCACUACCAGUACUGUAGUGGUAGAAAAGUCCACCACACGCAGCAAUAGCACGCCCAAAAGGCAGUCAUCCAACAAAUCCGCGCUCGGCCAACAACUGCUCGAGGCCAUUGGACUACAGAAGGUCACCACGGAGAGCAAAGAUGUGACUGUAGUGCCUGCGCCUGCAACUGGAACGCGUGGUUCAAUACAACAAAUACGCAGUGCCUUGAAAAAGUCGCUACAAAAAGCCCAAGAGCAGCAGCAGCAGCGCAACAGGAAGGGGGGAGCGCCAGCAGCGAUUGGUGAGGAGAGCACGGAAAGUAACGUGAAUAUUGUAAGAGAAGUGGUGGUGCAACCGCGCGGGAAACAUGCGUCCAAUUUAGUUGGGCAGUUAGAUGUGGAGGAGGAGAUCAACAAGAUUACAUUGGUGCUGCAAAGCAAAGCUAAGGAGGAUAAGAAAAUAGAGCAGGCCGAUAAGCGUUUGACCGCAGCGGCACCCACUCGAAUACCAGGCAUAAGACGAAAAAUAGUGCCCACAACGCGGAACCGCAAAUCGGCAAUUACACUGGUGGCCGACGAAAUCGUCGAUCUGGUCGCAGACGAAGACCACCAAGAUGCGGCUGAAGGGAAAAGUGUCGAUAAGGAGAAAAUCCACGAAAAGGACAAAGGAAAAGAAACUGCAACAAAAUCGUCAAAGGACCAAAGCGACGCUUACUUAAUGAGCGCAUCCUUGACAUCAUUGCAGCGUUCACACAGAGUUGACCCGAAAGAGUCGAAAACAGUUACGCCAGUGCGUAAGCGCGGGCGAAACUUGAAGCCAGAAGAGGAAUCGGAAGAAGAAGAAGAUGAUGAAGAUGAUAAUAUGCCGCUGAAGGUCAUUGCCGAAAAGAACGCUGACGACAAGCUGGACGUUUACUCGCGCACCAGUACGCCCGCACCACGUCAACGCAGUCGACCGCCGCCUGCUAACAAUGUGCGCAAGGCGCCGAGUGAACGCGAUUUCGAAAAGGAAAGUGACGACACCGCAAGCGUCAAGAAUGACAACGAGAGUACCACCAGCACAAUUACCAGCUCACGUCCAUCGCGCAUCAGCAAAACGAUGUCCAAGUACUACAAAGGACCAGACAAAUCGCCAAGCACACAGCGCCGCUCGGCAAUAUCUACGCGCAGCAGAGUUAGAAACUAAACUGUCUACGUCCAGUUGAGAGCCCAGCUACUACCGAUGAGCGGUUUUUCUUAUCAGCAGCAGUGAAUUAUUCUUAUAUUAAGCCAAAUCCACGCAACACGCUGAAUAUAUGUACAUAAAUUUUUAUAUAUUAUAUUUAUUACGCUAUGAUUAACGUAGCUUUUACUUGUCUAUAAAAUUCUUUUCUCAUGUAUUUUUUUCUUCCUUUCUUAUGUAUGUACGUAUUUAGAGAUUAACAAUAAAAUUCAUGUUAAUGUAAAACUGAAAUUCUAUAAACUUUAUGUUACAUAUAAAUAUAUAUACGAGUAUACAUAAAAUAUGUUGAAUUGAAAAAAAAAAAAUCAAAUAGCGUCGCAUUUGAGGUGCAAAAAAUUGAAUUUGUAUGUAAAAAAAAAAUAAAAAAAUGUAAUUAGCUGCAAUUUAAUUUUAAUUUGUUUAUGCAUAUGUUUUAAGAAAUCCUUUUGAACUAAGUUGCUUAUUUAUUAAUUCAUUAUUUUUUUGUUUUCUUUGACGAAAUGCAUAUUUUAGUUUUGUUUUUUUUCUUAAUUUCAAUAAGUACAUUUAAGCAUUAGCAAAUAUUUACUGAAUUACACAUACAACAAACACAUACUUAACCAUCACAUAUCAGAAAAAAAACAAAAAAAAUGUAAUUACUUGUAAAAAGUUUUCGUUACUACCCUGAAAAUGUGAAUAAAAUGAAUUGCUGAA